AUGUCACCAAAAAUCAAUCACAACCACCAAAGCAACGGUGAAAAUACUACCCCUCCACCUUGUCCUCACCUCGCCGAUUUCCGUUCCCGUAACGGCACCAAACCCUUCCACCUCCUCCAAAACUGCCUCCGCAUCAAACCACCUCACGGUCGCGCCUCGAUCCGCCGCGAUCCCUCCGAACUCCCUCGCUGCGGCGCGUGCGGAGUCUCCUCUGUCCCCUGCCUCUACGCUUGCAUAACCUGCGCUACAAUAUCGUGUCACGCUCCGCCGGAACCUUCUCAUGCGGCGGCUCAUGCUGCCGCCAUGGCUUCCGGUCACGAGAUCGCCGUCGAUGUCGACCGCGCAGAGCUGUUCUGCUGCGCGUGUCGCGAUUAUGUCUAUGAUCGCGAUUUCGACGCGGCGGUGGUGUUAUCUUCUGAGAUGAAUAAUAUUGAUAGUAAUGUUAAUAUCGAUAGUCUCCGUAAAAGGCGAAGGGUUCUUGAGUUCCGGCCGUGGGUUCCGGAUAUCCGGGAACGCAUGCUGGCGAAUAGUAAUUCGAGUGUGUUGAAUUUUGUUGGGGAUCGGCCGUGUGGGUUGAGAGGGUUGAAUAAUUUAGGGAAUACGUGUUUUAUGAAUUCGGUAUUGCAGGCAUUGCUUCAUACGCCUCCGUUGAGGAAUUAUUUUUUGAGUGAUAGACAUAAUAGGUAUUAUUGUCAACAACAAAAGAAGAGCAAUGAGAAUGGGGUUGUUGGUGGAAAGAGAAGUAAUGCGGCCGGUAGUGGUGAUGGUAAUGGGGGUAAGGGUUUGAGGUUGUGUUUGGCAUGUGAUAUGGAUGCUAUGUUUUCUGCUGUUUUUUCGGGGGAUCCCUCACCUUAUAGUCCUGCGAAGUUUUUGUAUAGUUGGUGGCAACAUGCAGCUAACUUGGCAAGUUACGAACAGCAGGAUGCCCAUGAGUUUUUCAUUUCCAUGCUUGAUGGGAUCCAUGAAAAGGUGGAGAAGGAUCGACACAAGCCCCACAGUCAAGGUCAUGGAGAUUGUUGCAUUGCCCACAGAGUAUUUUCUGGUAUCUUGCGAUCUGAUGUCAUGUGUACAGCUUGUGGUUUCACAUCUACAACAUAUGACCCAUGUGUGGACAUUUCUCUGGACUUGGAACCGCACCAAGGGAGUUCUGGAAAGGCUGUGUCCUCAAAGACUCAUUCUUGCAAUGGUGAGGCUGAUUGCGUGAAUUCAGGCCAGAAUGGUGGGAUAUCUACGCUGAUGGGAUGUUUGGACCGAUUUACUAGACCUGAGAGAUUGGGCUCUGACCAGAAAUUCUUCUGCCAACAGUGUCAGGUGAGGCAGGAAUCUCUCAAACAGAUGUCUAUAAGAAAGCUUCCACUUGUUUCUUGCUUCCACAUCAAAAGAUUCGAGCAUUCUUCCAUACGUAAAAUGUCGAGGAAGGUUGACCGUUAUCUGCAAUUCCCUUUUUCAUUGGACAUGUCACCUUAUCUUUCUUCUUCUAUCUUGAGGAGUCGAUUUGGAAAUAGAAUUUUCCCAUUUGAUGGAGAUGAGCCAGAUGCUUCAAAUGAAAUGUCGUCUGAGUUUGAGCUGUUUGCUGUUGUCACUCACACAGGUAAACUUGAUGCUGGUCACUAUGUGACUUAUUUGCGCUUAAGUAAUCAGUGGUACAAGUGUGAUGAUUCUUGGAUCACUCAAGUCAAUGAGAACAUUGUAAGGGCUGCACAAGGAUACAUGAUGUUUUAUGUACAGAAGAUGCUUUAUUACAAAGCAGGCGAGAAACAACCGUUAGAAGGCGAUCCAUAUUUUGAAAAGUGGGCAAAAAGCCCAACUUACAAAGACGAACCUGGACCUAACCUAAUAUUUUGCAUUCGAAGAAAACCCAAGAUUUGGUCCCGAAAAAUAAAGGUAAAAGCCGUUAUGUCUAUGCUAAUGUUUUUCUCGCCUGAAAUUCAUGAAAUCGAAGAAUAA